AGAAGCCAGUUAAAGUUGUCCUAUAAACAUCCGCAAGUAGCGGACCUGGCAGACACAUCGGCACGCAAGCAGAGUUUAUUCUGCAGAUAGCCAUGUUGUUGAACUCAUGUUGCUUGCUGGUUUUGUCGCUGCUGGCGGGGAUUACCCAAGCCCACUUGGAGGAUGAGCUGCCGAUGAACAGUCCGGACAUGUACUUCCGUCGGCGGAUUCCCAAGGACUACUACCAGCGGUCGAACCUGGCGGACUGCCACGCGCGCUUUCACGAUCGGCGGGUGCAGGUCUACCAGACGGCCGUUUUCGGCGGGGUCAAGGUCAACGAUACCGAGUUCCCCCAUAUGGCGGUGCUGGGCUGGAGCAACGGGGCCGGCGGUUACGACUGGCGCUGUGGCGGAUCGUUGAUCACGAAACGAUUCGUGCUGACGGCGGCGCACUGUGUACUGUCGGAGGGAAAGAACCCAACGGUGGUACGGCUUGGUGAUGUGAACUUGGCCUCCGGCGCUGACGAUAGCUUUGCGCAGCAGCUGAACAUAAAGAAUAUCAAGCGGCAUCCGCAGCACUCCUUCAAGGAGAAGUACUUUGAUCUGGCGUUGAUCGAACUGGAGAAUGAUGUGGUACUGACUCCCGGGGUGUGUCCAGCUUGCAUCUGGAUGGACCAGACUUAUCCGUACGAAACCUUUGACAUUGCGGGCUUUGGUGCAACCGGCUUCGCCGAGGAUAACAGCCCGGAUCUGUUGAAGGCACGGAUUGCUCCGGUAGAUCAAACGGUCUGUUCGCAAGCCUUUCCUGUGGGACACGGCCUUUCUAAAGGAAUUGCUGAGGACCAGUUGUGCGCCGUUGGUGCCAACAGCGACAGCUGUCCGGGAGAUUCGGGUGGACCACUGCAGACUACGCUGCAUACGUACAACAGACGGGUGGCACUUCUUGUAGGGGUUACCUCGUUUGGGAGUGCUUGUGGGCUGGGAUCGUAUGGUGUUUACCAGAAGAUCGCUCCGCACAAACAGUGGCUGGAAUCGAUUGUUGGAGAACCGUUGGAUCCUUUGACGUGUAUCAAGAACUACGAGACGUACCUCCAACAGGAGCAACUCAGCAUGGAAUACGAAGCCGUUGACGCAUACUUCAGCCGUGUUUACAUCCGCUGGGAUGACCCCAAGGAGGACCUCAAGUGCGGAGGUACCUUGAUAGACUACAACACCGUGGUAACCACCGCACAUUGUACGUACAAUUCCAAGCAAGAAUCGCCCAAGGAAGUCUCAAUCCUUGGCCAACGUAACCGAAUCGUCAAGAUCAUCCGUCAUCCCAAGUUCCAGUUCGGCUCGUAUUACAACGAUAUCGCACUGCUCAGAUUGAACAAGUAUCUGCGCAAGUCGGACAUCAUUGCGCCGCCCUGUCUACCGUAUCCCCGUGCAGUAGAUGCUCUCGUGACCAAGAACAGAUCCAUAUCGAUACGCCUGCCCAAGGUGGGACUUGAACCGAAGCUCCAAAUAUAUCUGCCGGCGAAGGGAAAAUGUGACGAGCUGGAAGUCGCCGCCAGACCCGAUUACGUCGCAAAGCUACCGAAAGGGCUCACCAAGUUCUUGAGCUGCUUCAAAGCGGAUUACGAACUGAUCCCGGAACUCGGUGGUUUCGACAUCGGAGGACCCUUGCUGAGUCGCGACGAAUCCGUGAUGUUCGGUAUCAACGUAUUCGCACGAGACGGUGGCUCGUACAGCCCGCUGAUCACCCUAAACAUAGCCCGAUUCAUUCCCUGGAUCGAACAGUUUGUUCUGGAACGGCAAACGCAUGCCUCAAACGCCGGAAACUCCCAGGAGUCCGUUGACUACCAGGACACGUUACUGUACGAGGGAAGUCCCUGCACGACCAACGAUCGACUCGAAGGUCACUGUCACUUUGCGAACGAGUGCCGCAGAGAACUCGAACGCUACCGGUAUCGGCUGGUGCGACCGGCAAUCUGCGGCUACAAGGGAUACAACAUGCUCAUCUGCUGUCCCAUCUGGCGCGAUCACCACAGGCGAGGUUAAUCCGAGCUUGACGAACAAUAAAGU